AUGUCGGGGUGCCUGUGGCCGUGCGUGUCCAGCGCCAAUGCCAUGACGGGGGGGAUGGGCGGGGGGUUGUUCGGGCCCAAGGCCAGGAGCCCGGCGGAGCUGGUGCGACACACGCGCGACCUCCUCCGUUUCAUCGCCGACCAUCCGGAACCCUGCAGCGGCAAACUAGAAGCCAAGCGCGAACAAAAGAUUACAGAUCUAAGCAUAAGUGUUAGGGCAAUGAAAUCCAUUCUCUAUGGAGAUGGCGACGGUGAUCCUGUUGCCGAAGCAUGUACGCAAUUGACAAGGGAGUUUUUCAAGGAUAAUACUUUACGUCUAGUAAUUGUUUGCGUUCCACAUAUGGACCUGGAAACUCAAAAGGAAGUAACUCUAGUUUUUGCAAAUCUGGCAAGACAAAAGGUAGAUUCAAGGAUCCCUGCCUCUGACUACUUGGAAGUUAACCAAGAUCUUUUGGAUAUAUUAAUGGCUGGGUUUAAUAACAGGGACAUUGCGAUACAUUAUAGUACAAUAUUGAGGGAUUGCGUACGCCACCAAGUUGCUGCACGGUAUGUAUUAUAUUCUCAGCAUAUGAAGAAAUUCUUUGAUUAUAUCCAGUUUCCUGACUUCAGUCCAUCAUCAGAAGCCUUCAAGACAUUUAAGGAACUCCUGACAAGGCAUAAAUCAUCAGCAGCUGAAUUCUUCACGAAGAACUAUGAUUGGUUCUUUUCAGAUUUUCACACGAAAUUGCUACAUUCUUCCAACUAUGUCACCAAAAGGCAGUCUAUUCAGCUAUUGGGAGAUAUUCUAUUGGAGAGAACAAAUUCAUCAGUGAUGCUGCGUUACGUCAGCUCAAAGGAAAACCUCAUAGUUCUAAUGAACCUUUUAAGGGAUCCAAGCCAACCUAUACAAGUGGAGGCAUUUCAUAUUUUCAAGCUGUUCACUGCAAAUAAAAAUAAGCCUCGUGACAUCAUCAGCAUACUGGUGGCAAACAAGAGCAAAAUCAUCAGGUUCCUCAACGCCUUCACUCUGGAAAAAGGGGUUUCUCUGGCGCUGAUCGAUGCAGAGGAUAGGGUGUUCGAGUCGGACAAGGCCCAAGUACUCGUCGACAUCACGGCCUUGAAGCUGUAG